AUGGAAUAUGAUGAGAAGGUAUACCCUUCCGUCACACCAUCAUUUUUACAGCAGAUAGUAGCUGCUUCAUCGGGUGCUCUCAUAACCUCGCUGUUAAUGACACCAAUGGAUGUCGUAAAAAUACGGCUGCAGCAACAAGCGCAUCCUUUCGUUAAAGGCACUUGCUUCCUAUACUCCAAUGGUUUGAUGGAUCAUUUGUGUACAGCUUGUGCUAAUGUAAAUUCUAAGGAACCGUGCGAAUGGUUCGCAAGACCGGGAAAUUUUGUGGGAACAACGGAUGCACUAUUUAAAAUUGCGAGGACAGAGGGAAUUCAUUCGUUAUGGAGCGGGCUUUCCCCGACAUUAAUUAUGGCUGUACCGGCGACAGUACUUUAUUAUACAAUUUACGAUAAUAUGUUGUGCUGGUUGAAAGAGAAAUAUGAUCAGAAAUCUUACUGGAUUCCCCUGGUUGCUGGCUCUACUGCUCGUCUGGUUGCUUUAACCAUCGUUUCUCCAAUGGAAUUGGUAAGGACAAAAAUGCAGAGUGAACGACUUACAUAUAAAGAUAUUGGAUUAGCUGUUCAACGAUCGAAAGCAGCUGAAGGAUGGAUUAGUUUAUGGCGCGGCUGGAGUCCCUCAUUAAUGCGUGAUAUGCCAUUUUCUGCUGUAUAUUGGACAGGAUACGAGAAUUUGAAAGCUUAUGCCUUACACAGAUUAAAGCAGCAGGAAACUAAUUUCAUGAUCAGUUUUAUGUGUGGUGCGGUAGCUGGUUCAUUGGCAGCAUUUGUAACAACUCCAUUUGACGUCGUUAAAACUCAUCGUCAAAUAUCCUUAGGAGAGACACGAAAUGUAAAGGAGAUAAAGAGGUACGACAAUGGGGGUAUGAAAAUGACAGAAAAUUAUGGCAGUAAUACGAUUAUCACGGAAAAGCGUGUGGAAAUUCGAUCAAGAUACUCUUUUGGUAUUAUGAAAGAACUUUAUGAAAAGAAUGGAGUCAGAGCUUUAUUUGCGGGUGUGGUGCCACGUGUAACAAAAGUUUCGCUUGCUUGUGCUGUGAUGGUAGGCAGUUACGAGUAUUGCAAACUAUUCUUUAAGAAAGUGAACAGUUUGUAA